CUCUGUUUUUUUCUUCUUCUUCUUCUUCUUGUUCGUCGUCGCCGGAGAAGGAAGGAUGGAGGUGGAUUCGGCCAGUGGCGGCAGCGGCAGCGGCGAGGUCAGCGCUCCCGUGCGGCGCGUGCUUCUCAUCUCCGCCGGCGCCAGCCACUCCGUCGCUCUUCUCUCUGGGAAUGUUGUUUGCUCAUGGGGACGAGGGGAGGAUGGCCAACUAGGCCAUGGGGAUGCGGAAGAUCGUUCAUCACCUACACAUUUGAGUGCAUUGGAUAGUCAAGAAGUAGUAUCUGCUAUUUGUGGAGCUGAUCACACUACUGCAUAUUCUGAAUCACUUAGGGAGGUGUAUAGCUGGGGAUGGGGUGACUUUGGGAGGUUGGGUCAUGGCAACUCUAGUGAUGUCUUUUCACCUCAACCAAUCAAAGCUUUGCAGGGUUUGAGAAUAAAGCAAAUUGCUUGUGGGGACAGCCAUUGUUUGGCUGUGACUGUGGAAGGAGAAGUCCAGAGCUGGGGGAGGAAUCAAAAUGGUCAACUUGGUCUUGGCACCACUGAGGAUUCUCUUCUACCACAGAAGAUACAUGCAUUUCAGGGGAUCCCCAUUAAAAUGGUCGCAGCUGGAGCUGAACAUACUGCUGCAGUUACAGAAGCUGGAGAGCUUUACGGAUGGGGUUGGGGCCGCUAUGGCAACUUGGGCCUAGGUGACAGAACUGAUCGCUUAGUUCCUGAGAAAGUUUCUGCUAUUCAUUUGAACGGAGAAAAGAUGGUUAUGGUUGCCUGCGGAUGGCGACAUUCAAUAUCAGUAUCUGCUUCUGGUGCUUUAUACACCUUUGGAUGGAGCAAGUAUGGUCAACUUGGCCAUGGAAAUUUUGAAGAUCACCUUGUUCCUCACAAGCUGGAGGCUUUGCAUGGAAGUUUCGUUUCUCAGAUAUCUGGUGGCUGGAGACACACUAUGGCGCUCACUUCUGAUGGAAAAUUGUAUGGCUGGGGUUGGAACAAGUUUGGACAGGUUGGAGUGGGUGACAACGUUGAUCAUUGUGCUCCUGUGCAAGUCAAAUUCCCUAAUGAGCAGAAAGUGGCUCAGGUUUCAUGUGGAUGGAGGCACACACUAGCUGUUACUGAAGAAGGCAAUGUUUUCUCCUGGGGUAGAGGAACUAAUGGACAGCUUGGGCAUGGGGAAUCUGUUGAUAGGAACAUGCCAAAGAUAAUAGAUGCUUUGAGUGCUGAUGGAUCUAGUGGGCAGCAAAUUCAGUCCUCAAACCUAGAUCUCUCAUCAGGAAAAACGUGGGUCUCCCCAUCAGAGAGAUAUGCCCUUGUUCCUGAUGAAACCGUUCAGUGGCAGGAUAACAGAAACGACGUGAGUGUUCCCGAGACUGAUGUCAAGCGGAUGCGAAUGUGAUCACUUGAAAGAUGCUUCAUUACAGCCAAUCCUUUCGGCACUCUAAUACUGGCCGACAAGGUUGUGCCAUCUGCGAAGUUUGGUUUCAACUUCUCCAUUUCCUAGGUUUUUUGUAAAUGAUCUAUCCUUGCGGGGACUUGUGCCGUUGGUCUUUAUUCUUCUAUCUUGAUAGUUGAACCCUUAUAUUAGAACUUAACGCCAAUGUGAAUAGUUUAGAUGGGGCUCCACUUUUGUGGUUUAAUAGGCUUUGUAAGGCUUGAGGGAAGCUUAUAUCUUAUUGCUGAACUGCUUCCCAUAAUUGCUUCUGUUUAAAUAACUGGAAAAGGAGCAUUUAACAUCCCUGGAUGGGUUGUGAUCCCGCGAUGACUAGAUAUGGAAUGAAAGCAUUACGUUUCCGGUGUCGGCACAAA